AAUUAUAAUAUUAAUUAGUGCUCUUUAGUGAGUUAUUAAGUCAAAUACCUAAUCUAAGUAAAUGUGUUGAAAAAUCCAUUUAGCGAAUUAUUGCGUGGGAAUUUAGAGAUACGCUGUAAUAAAUUACCAAAAUGAACACCGAGAAGCUGAAGAAACUUCAAUCACAAGUGCGCAUUGGGGGCAAAGGCACACCACGGCGCAAGAAGAAGGUUGUGCACGCAACUGCAGCCACAGAUGACAAGAAAUUGCAGUCAUCCUUAAAAAAGUUAUCAGUGAACACUAUUCCUGGUAUUGAAGAAGUUAAUAUGAUAAAAGAUGACGGCACAGUAAUACAUUUCAAUAACCCAAAAGCACAAGCCUCUCUCGCGGCGAACACUUUCGCUAUUACCGGACAUGGAGAGAACAAACAAAUCGCUGAAAUGCUUCCGGGUAUCCUGAGUCAGCUAGGACCUGAGGGUUUGAACCAGUUGAAAAGGUUGGCAUCAAGUGUGGUCGCGCCAAAGCCUCUGGAGGAGGAUGACGAAGUACCUAACCUAGUAGGUAAUUUCGAUGAAGCCUCUAAACAAGAGGCUAAGGCAGUUAUAAUUGAAGAAAAGAGAGAUGAAAUGAAGGAAGAAAAAGAGGUCAAGGAAGUAAAGAAUGAGCCAGAAAUCAAAGCUGCCGAUAAGAAAAAUGACUAAGCAGUAUUGAACAAAGUGGUCUAGUUUUUAAUUUUGCUCACCUAACGAAAUGAUAGAAAGUUGGGGUUUCCAAAGCCAUUUGAAUUUGAC